CUUCCAAUCAACGUCAGAUAAUUCGAUUCAAGUCAUAUCUACAAAUCUCCACCUUGACCUGGAUCCUUCCACUGAAUCUUUGAUGUACUCUGAUCCUCUCUCUCCUACCUCAAUGCCCCUAAGGCAUGAGGGUGGAUUCAUUGACUCUGGACAUUCAGCAAACUCAUAGGCAUCUCGAUGGCUCAAAACCUCGGGCGGUAUCUGGGGGUUCCUGUUCUCCAAGGACGAGUAACCAAGCAGAGAUAUAAAUAUGUGGUGGACAUAAUAGGUUAAAAAAAAUUAGCAGGAUGGAAAGCUUAAUUAUUAGUCCUAACCGUAUGGGUCACUUUAGCUCUCUCCGUUCUUAAUGCUAUUCCUUCCUAUAUCAUGCAAACCUCAAUUUUGUUUGAUUUUGUUUGUGACUAUCUUGACAAAAAGAUUCAAGACUUUGUAUGGGGGCUCGAAGGAGGGUCAUCGGCGUAUCCUCCUUGUUUUUCGGGAGGAGGUGUGAAAAACAAAGGAUCAAGGUGGCUUAUAUCUCCUUAGCACUCGCUAUCUCAGUAUGACCUUCAUGAUGAAGCUAGGAUGAAAUAUCCUAGCUUAGAGAAAAUUGCUUAGAGAUGGCGCAGUUUUUUAUGAAAACCGCAUUAGGAGGGAGCGGUCUGAUAAACCGCGUUGGGAAGCAGCAGUUCACAUGCAAACCAAAUGCCCCCUGCAGUUUGUAUAUAUAUAUAAAAAAUUGCAAAUACGAAACAAUAAAUUUAUAUAGUCUAGUGGAUGGAAGCUGGUUAUGUGUUUGUUCAAAUCAUGGGUUUGAACCUUAGUCUAAGCAGUUUCUUCUUAAAUUCCCUUUCAGUUUUAUUAUAUGUUAAUGCUUUUUCAAUUUUCCAAAUGAACUUAACUUUAAGCUCGAGUAUCUGAUCAUAGCGAAUUUGUUUUUUAUUCUGCCAUAAUUUUUCAAGAUCUUGCAAGCCACAGGCGGUUUGGUCCUGUCUUCGUCCCGAAAAAAACGUCGUUUUCUACCUCGAACGAGCUUUUUUCCGAUUUCGCCAAACUUUGAACGGCCAUGACUUUGUGUUCCGCACUCUGAACAUCAUGAAUUUUUUUUUGUUUCAUUUCGCAUAAUUUGUUAAGGACUACAACUUUUACUAGGAAGGAAUUUUUCAAAAUAUUAAUUAUAUUUGAUAUACGAGAGUUUGAGAAUAACUUUACCUUCAGUUUUCACAAAUUCACGUACAUUCAGAAAUUAUUAAUGGCUAUGAUAAAAAUUGUAUUUCUUAAAAAAAGUAGAGAAAGACAAGAGACUGCCCAAAUUAUCAAACAAACAUAUAAACUUCUAGCCUACUAUGUAAUAUGUAUUAUCAAAUGGAAUGAUUACACCUUUUGUUUUACCUGGAUAUAGACAACACAAACAAUGUGUUUGGUUGUUCUAAGUAAAACCCAGAACCCGCAUUUUUAUCACUUUAACCUAUUCCACUAUUCUUCCUUGUGUCGCCACUUCCACCCAUAUCUCCUCCAAAAUGAGAAUAACAGUGGACGAACCAACGCAAAACCGAAUCCAUUGCACCACAUAUAAAAACCAAACCCUAUACCUCCAGCAUCAUCAUUCAUGCAACCAUGUCUUCUCGCACUCAUCAUCUCCUCGUCCUCCUCUACGCCGCCGCCGCCGCCUUCCACGUCGUCGUCCUAAGCGAGCUCGACUACGUGGUCGUCAACAACGCCCCGGACACCCCCGGCGGAGGCCGGUUCAUGGACGACAUCGGCGUCGACUACGCCCGUUCCCAACUGUCCUCCGCCGCGGACUUCGUCCUCAACCACGUCUUCCUCCAGCACAACGCCACCGACCGGCGAGGGUACCAACAGGUCAAGCUCUUCGUCAACAAGUUCAACGCGUCCCACGUGGCGUACACGGGCGCCAACGAGAUCUACUUCAGCGCCGACUUCAUCGGGACCUACUCGGGCCCGGACCUCAAGAGGGAGUUCUCCGGGCUGCUGUACAGGGAGAUGGCGCACGUGUGGCAGUGGAACGGCGGCGGGAAGGCGCCGUUUGGGUUGGUGGAAGGGAUCGCCGGUUACGUGAGGUUGAAGGCUGGUCUGGCGCCGGAGUACUGGGUGGGGCCCGGCGGCGGGGAGAGGUGGGACCAAGGGCUUGACGUGACGGCGAGGUUUGUGGAGUAUUGUGAGGGUGUGAGGAAAGGUUUUGUGGCGGAGAUGAAUCGGAGGAUGAAGGUUGGGUAUGGCGAUGGGUAUUUUGAGGAGGUGUUGGGGAAGGAAGUGGAGGUGGCGUGGAGGGAUUACAAGAGCAAGUAUGCGAAGAAGACAAAAACCCGCCGCGGUAGGUGAAUGAAGUUGAAGCAAAAACACUAGAAUCGUUCGUGUUUGAUGGGUGGUGGGGGGUUUGGUUUCUGGAUUUGUGUGGCCCUUUCGAAUCUGUGUUUGGUUUGGACAAAUUUUCACAUCUUUUGAUUCGUUUCAAGAAUUAUAUUGUGUUGGAUUUGAUCGUUGAUUCUCGGUCGCGUGCUGCUGUUAAUUCAUCUUCACAGGCCACCGUGUCCCCAUGUCGUGACGACCACCCAAACUUGUGGUCACUUGGAACAAGAUAACAUGGCAAUUAGGGGGGUGUAUGCGGGUCGGUUUGUUCGGGUUUUAAGUAUUUUAAUCAUCCGACCCAUGCACUACGGUUUGGGAAUUAUCAAACCCAAACCCACCUAAAAAAAAUUUAAACCUUACGGUUUGUUUAUAAUUGGGUUGGGUUGGGUCGGGUUGGCGAUAUUUUUAAGUAAAAACCCAACCCGACAUAAAAUAUAUAAUUAUUAAACAUCAAAAAAAUAUUUUAUAAUUAAUUAAAAUUUCAAACAAAUAAACCGAGGUGAAAGGUAUCAAAAUUCACAAAUGUUGGUUUGAGUUUUAAUAAAAUGUGAUUUACUUC